AUGCCCCGUCUUGCUUUAGUAGAGACUGUCAAGAGCGCCUGUAUAGGUCGGUUGGCAGUCCGACGAUUUGCAAUCAUUCAUGCGUCGUGGAACUCACGGAAGACGGCCUGUGAACUUUUUGGCAUUUCGCCUCUUAGCCCUUGUAUGACUGUGCUCCUAAGCGAUGAUAUCUUCAGCCAAAAUCGUUCGACGCUCAUCAUCUCCGUCGAUAUGAAGGAACACAAUGUUGAUGGCAACUUACUACCAUCAAACUCGGUGGCAUGUUCUGUCGAUGCUCGGUGGGCCAACGCGAAGACAGUGAUGGAAAUGACAGCGAACACCCAACUGGAUCAUGAGUACACUUUAGGCAGGGUGAGGAACUUGGUUGAAACUGACUUGCCAUUCUCGCAUCUCAUCGGGUACUAUCGCUGGAAGCCUCCGCCGAUGCCGGUGGUUAGAAUGUCUCCCAGCUGGUACGACUUACUAGCACCUGUGUUGCCCGAUGCUCAGUCAUCUGCAGCGGCCGGACUUCCCUGGAUGCCAGCCUCAGGAUCGAAACAAACCGCUCUUGAAGCGGUGUUGAGCAUGACUUACAAACCGGUCGACAGCGGACAGACGGAAUUUGAGGGUCUUCUCGCCACGACAUUGGCGGAUGGCUUAUCUCGUUGUGGCCUCAUACCAAACCAUAACGGCAGCCGCUUCCUUGAGGCCUGGCAAUUUGGUGCUUGGGAUACUGAGAAUGAAGACCAGGCAAGGACAAUGAUUCGAAAGGGAAAUCCAGUGGAGAGCUUUCCAGAACCAUCGAUUCUCAAGUCUGGAAAUAUGACCCGGAUGGAGAUGAAAGCUACUUAUAAGGGCUACGUUAUGUCUGCGACAGGCUGGUUCGACUACCUCUCCAUCGCCGCACUGCUGUUCCACGCUAUCAUCGCGCUGCUGCACACUAUCCUUGUGGUCUAUCACGGAAAGACAAGUGGUGCAUGGGAUACAAUUCUGGAGCUUGUCAUCUUGACACAGAUGUCGUCGCCGCCUCAGGAAUCUCUCCUCGUGAACGCGUCGGCCGGCAUACGAUCGUUCAAGACGGUGAAGCUGGUCGCAUGGGUCGAAGCGCCGCAACAAGGAGGCACAGGACACGAAUCGGGAAGAGAGCUUCAAAUGAGAUUCAGGGAUCAUAUGGAUCAUCGAGAUGCCAACCUCAAGCCAAGCGUUGGGAAGGUGUAUGGUAGUUCGGUGACUGAGGAUGAAGUGCGACGUCUACAUCGAAGGAAGGUGUGA